AUGCGCAUGCAAAAUUCAUCGCAGGCAGCAGAGGGAGUGAGUUGUCGGUCGACAGACCCUCUGUCGGCGCGGCUGCUGGCCGAGGACCCCGAGUUCCGGCUGCCCAUCGGCAACAUCACCGCGCCCGUGGGGAAGGAGGCGGUGCUCUCCUGCACGGUGGACCACCUGGGGAAGUACAAGGUGGGCUGGCUCAAGGCGGAGGACCAGACCAUCCUCACGCUGCACAACAAGGUGGUGACGCACAACUCCCGCGUCAGCGUCACGCACGAUGGCCAGCACACCUGGCGCCUGCACAUCCGCCAGCUCAAAGAGGCCGACCGCGGCUGCUACAUGUGCCAGGUCAACACGGGCGUCAUGAAGAAGCAGGUCGGCUGCGUCGACGUGCAAGUUCCCCCGGACAUCCUGUACGAGGAGACGAGUGCAGAUCUGUCGGUGCAAGAAGGGGACAACGCCACCUUGGUGUGCAGGGCCAACGGCAACCCCCCGCCCAGGAUCACGUGGCGGAGGGAAGACGGUCAGCACAUCAUCAUGAGGAGGGGCCUGCGCGAGCUGACAGCAGUGGAGAGCUACAACGGCAGCCUGCUGCACUUCUGGCGGCUGGACCGCCGGCAGAUGGGCGCCUACCUCUGCAUCGCCUCCAACGACGUGCCUCCGUCCGUCAGCAAGAGGAUCAUCCUGAGCGUCAACUUCGCGCCGGUGGUGAAGGUUCCCAACCAGCUGCUAGGGGCGCCACUGGGCACGGACGUGCCGCUCGAGUGCCAGGUGGAGGCGUUCCCCAACACCAUCAACUACUGGGUCAAGAACCGCGGGGAGAUGCUGCUGGACGGGCCAAAGUAUUCCAUACAGGAGAACAGAUCGGUCUACAAGAUGUUCAUGUGGCUGGUCAUCAAAGCUUUCAACAAGUCGGACAUCGGAACCUACAACUGUGUGUCCACAAAUAGCCUCGGGCGAGCGGAAGGUACUUUGAGGUUGUAUGAAAUUAAAACAUAUACAGGCGUGAAUCACGGAACAUCUAAUGAUCGUGGAACCAUUGUCGGAGGUAAGUGAAAGUUAUU